AUGUCGCAUUCACAGCUAAACAAUCCUCCGCCCACGACGGACUUUUUGUUCGUCAAUAUCGCGCGGCCACAGGACAUGAAAAACCGAAAGACACGAAAGAGGAUCAACAGCCAUGUCAUGAAGCCGAUUGGCCUCACUCGGAGGCGCCACCAACCAAACAAGACGAUACCAACCACUCUGCCAACGCCGCCCGAUCCAGAACCAAACAACUCCGAUAUAUCGCCUGUUCUAGCUGUCGAUUGUACCGCGACAGACUCUCUACCACGUGAUCGAGAUAUAUCAGCUGGACAAUCAUCAGCUCCCCUACCUCGUCACUGCCUGCGUCUCAUCCCUUGCCCCGUUCCUGAGCAGAAGAAGAUCAGAUCACUUCCCAUGUCUGCGCGUACAAGUAAAAUGAUUCAUUUUUUGGCUAUAUCUCAAGAAGCACCUGUAUGCCGGCAGAUGCGUGAACUUUGCUUUUCUCUGUCCUUUAUCGACGAAGGCGCCUUUCAUUUGGCCCUGGCUCGUCUUGAGGUCGACCCCGAGACUACGGGAGGAAAAGAACCACAAGAAGGCUUUGGCAGUCUGACUCACUACGAGACUUCAGUUGAAAGUCUGAGGAAAAAGCUCGAAAACCCCUGUGUUAAAGCCCAUGAAGCUAUCAUCGGCGUGAUGGUCAACUUGGCAUGCUACGAUAUAUUCACCAAUAACUUCGAAAGGUGGAAAACUCACAUGCUUGGAAUACAAAAAAUGAUUCAGUAUAGAGGCAGUCUCAAUACCCUUACCUCACAAUAUAUACGAGUCACAGCCGUCUGGGUGGAUUUGAUCGGUUCCAUGACUUUGGAUCAAGUUCCUUACUUGGUAUUCCAGGAAGACCACCUAUAUGACGCACAUCAGGCAACAUAUAGCUCGACGGAUAUCGUGCUAGACGUUGGUAAACACUGUCAUGCCAUUAUUAACAAGAUUCUUCAAAUGCUUUCGAGAUUAUCAAGCUUGGCUACAGGAAAGUCCGAGAUCGAACAGAGUAAGGAUGAGGCUCUACUUGAAGCAUUGCAAACGACAAUCCACGCCGUUCUGAUGUUACCUCGAUAUGGAAAUCUCGAAGCAAACGGAGACUCACGCGAGACUUGGUUGAGAACGUACGAGAUAGUCCGCCUUGCCGCCCUUUUGUACCUAUCAGGCCCUGCAACGUUUCUAGCUGGAAACAGACGCUUCAACUUGGUGACUCCACAAUUUAGAGGGAAAUUGUCAAGGCUCUACGGUGCACAGGGACUACCUUGUUCUGUUCCUGAGCACCUGAAACUGUUUGUUUUAGUUGCUGGAGCUAUUACUGAAGUGGAUGACGAGAGGCAAUUCUUUGUGAACCAUCUGAAUCACGUCAUGUCGCUGAGAAAGUUGAGUUGGGAUGGUUUGAUGAUAGAGCUUCGAUCUAUGGCGUGGUUUGAUGUCGUUUGGUCCACAGAUUUGGGUAUGCUAUGGGAGGAUUUGGCUGUUGAGUAG